GCGUCAUUGGGUCACUAUUGCUGCCUAAUCAUUUCUAAGCCCCCCACCGACAACUAGCAUAAUGCCCGGCCAAUGGAAACAGUUCAUCAAAUCGGUUCAUGAUGAUGAUUGGACACACGUUACGGACAAAGCAGAAAGGAAACGAAUACAAAAUAGACUUGCUCAAAGAGCCCAUAGAUCCAAGUAUGGACGACGAAGAAAGUCCAGAGCAAAAGAGAGUGCAGGAACUUCAAAAUCGAAAGAAGACGAAGCGGUUCCACAUUCUCAUAGUGAAUCUACCCAAGAGCUCCAAUUGAAAGCGAGUACUUCCGAAGAAGGCCCAAAAUCCGUUAACAGAAAAGUAUUGCCUGUUUCCGCCUCCUUGCCCACGCAUACUCUGAUCUCAGCUAUCUAUGGCAACAACUUGGAAACAAGAGAUUGCCAUCAAUUCGUUACAAUCCAAGAAGACGGAAAUCACAGCGUCAUACCCAUAUCGUUACUGAAAACAGAUCUAGUUAUCAGUCUUCAGGGAAUGGCGACUCUGGCAGCUCUAUUGACUAACAGAUAUAUUCUUGCUAUUGAUUGUAGCCGACUUGUUCCUGCCAUUCAUAUCCAAACCUCUACUCCCACUCCUCCUGCACUCACGCCGACAGCACUUCAAGCUUGCAAACCCCACCUCCCCUUUAUUGACUUCCUUCCAUUCCCGCAGUUUCGAGACAACCUUCUACGCGCCGGAGAUGUAAUUGACUCUUACGAGUUCUGGGAUGAUAUGGUGUCAGGCAAGUUGAAGGUCUGGGGGAAGACUCCCUGGGACCGGAGAGGCUGGGAAAUGCAAGAAGACUUUGCGACAAAGUGGAGCUGGGUGGUGGCAGAUGAUAUCUUAGAGGAAACAAAUUUUUGGAGGGUAUCGAGAGGCGAGGAACCUCUGCUGCCGCACUUACUACAGGGACCAUAAAUGACCAGUCCAUUAAAGAAUUUGCAUGUUUCUCAAGUAGCCGAUAAUAAUAAGCCAAGAAUCAAGUUCUGAGUCGUC